UGUCAUACAUGAGUACCAGAAGUCGUCUGUGUCUGUAAACAUUUAAUUUAUGAAAAGUUUAUUAAUUUAACAUAGUAACGUUAAGCCAUUUCAGAUCUUCGUGAACGCUAUACGAUACGCGACAACGUGAGAUGCAAGAAAUGGGCUCGCUGCGGUUAUAUGGAUUAAUCUGCAAAAUCAAGUUGGUCCUGGCCAGCGAAUGCCACAGCCAGGUGCUUGACACCUAAUACAGCACUUUUUUCAUAAUUUUGUUUUAAAAAAUACUUUUUCUGCAUAAGAAGUGUUACAAUGUACCAAAUCGUCCCAGCAACUGUUGGAGAUAUUGGCAUUAGUGCCAUGAGCCAUUAUUCCACACCAAAGCGGAAGAGAGUGACCAGUCAUAGCCAUCCAGUAAUUGCAGCGAGUGCGCUCGGAUUCAUCCUAGUUCUUGCUGCUAUUGUAUCAUGGUGCUACUACUAUGCUUCUCUUCAGAAAGCCAACCUCCUGACAACCGAACAACUAGACCUUAACAAACAUGGUUAUGUUAUUCGGAAUCAGGUUGGGGUUGUCAUCUUCAAAAUGGCAUUCAGGUCUGGAACCCUUGACUUGGACUCCUGUUCGAAAGAAGGUCAAAUAAUCAGCUGUGACAAAUCCAAUGCGGGGAAUAUAAAUUUCUUCAUAGAAACCCUAAAACCUAAAGACACAGUUACAUGUUAUCGCGUACGUUGGGACGAGCUGAAGGAGCGUGUGGUGGAGCAUGUCAUGUCCUGUGGUGAUUCUCACUGGUACGGUGGUGCAGAGACACGGUUGCAACAUUGGCCGAUAACUUUGAAAGGACAACAAGCACCUGAGCCUUUUGUUACAGGUGAUAUCUAUUCAAAUCAUCAAGUUUUCGGUGGCAUCUUGGAGCGCUACUGGCUUUCUUCCAGUGCAACAGCCAUAAAAAUUAACAACUCUGUUCCUUUUCAUCUUGGUUGGGAUGAAACAAACCGAACUUUGCGGUUCCAGGCUCGAUAUGACAAGAGCCCCUAUAGGUCAGACACUGGUCAAUCCCAUUAUGUUACGCUAAGUUAUCGAGUAUGUGUUGGGCUUGACGUCACCUCGAUACACAAGUACAUGGUACGUCGAUAUUUCAACAAGCCUAAUAAAGUUCCCUCGGAAGCUGUUUUCAGAUAUCCAGUCUGGUCUACUCGGUCUUUAUCACAAGUCGAUCAGGAAAGAUUUUUAAAAUAUGCAUCCGAUAUCCAAAAACAUGGCUUCAACUGCAGUCACCUUGAACUGUAUGAUUGCUACACCGGUGACUAUGGAGAGUUCGAGUUUGAUAACGUAAAGUUCCCUAACACCUCGGCUAUGUUUCAAAAACUACGCAAGGAGGGUUUCCACGUUACCCUAUGGACUCAUCCGUUUGUCAACUAUAAUUCUGUCAAUUUUCGUGUUGGAGUAGAACGAGGUCUUUUUGUAAGAAAUACUGGUGGCCAGCUUCCUGCUUUGGUGCGUUGGUGGAAUGGUAUCGCUGGUAUUUUGGAUUUCACGAACCCAGAAACUCGUGACUGGUACGCCUCAAAUCUGCGUGGCCUCAAGAACAAGUAUGGAGUGACAUCUUUUAAGUUUGAUGCUGGAGAAACAAGCUACUUACCUCGAGAUUUCAGCACCUUCGUUCCACUGCACGAUCCCAGUACUUUUACCCGACGUUACACUGAGAUGGCGAUACCCUUUAGUGACCGGGCAGAGCUGCGGUCAGGCUAUCAGUCGCAAAACAUCUCCUGCUUUUUUAGAAUUAUGGAUCGUAGCUCUCUAUGGGGAUAUGACCUAGGCAUCAAAUCCAUAAUCCCGACUGUACUCACUAUAAGCAUUCUCGGCUACCAGUUUAUUCUUCCCGACAUAAUAGGUGGAAACCGCACCGAUAGACCCGGCGGACUUCCAGAUCGAGAACUUUACAUCCGUUGGCUCGAACUCUCAGCUUUCAUGCCAGCAAUGCAGUUCUCACUGCCACCGUGGCUCUAUGACGAUGAAGUUGUGAAUAUUGCCAAGAAGUUCACAGCCCUCCACGAGUCUCUCGUAGCCCCUAGAGUUCUCGAACUUGCUAGUGAAGUUCUGUACACUGGUGAUCCUAUCAUACGUCCUCUUUGGUGGAUAGCUACAGAUGAUGAGGCGGCUUACAAAAUCGACUCUCAGUUCCUAAUAGGAGAUGACCUUCUGGUAGCUCCUGUACUUGAACCAGGCAAGCAGGAAAGAGAUAUAUACCUGCCUGCCGGUAGAUGGAGAAGUUACAAGGGAGAGUAUUUUGACAAAGGCCCCAUACACCUUACUGACUACCCAGUGGAUUUGGAUGAGGUUGCUUACUUUGUGUGGUCCGGAUAAUCAUAAUUAGUGUAAAUUUGUAGUGUAAUGGUUCUUCUAUGCAUAAAUGUAAAAUACCAAGACUGAACAUUUAAACUAUGAUAUGUUGAUAUAGAAAUAUUGUACAUUUUUACAUUACGUUAUUAUUAAUUAUUUUGACUAUAUGACUAUAGUUUAUUCUGUAUUUAUAACUUUGUUUUAAUUGACCCUUUGCUAAGCCCCGCCCUCCUUAGUUACUACGCCUGUCAAGCUUUAAAGUAUGUCAGUCAGCCUCCAUCUUUACCUUUAAUUAUCUUAUGUUAUGCAUUAUGAACAAAGAACCGUCAUUAUUUCCAAGCAAUGAUUAACAUAUGUGUUUUUGUUAAUCCUGUCGACAUUUUAUUGUGAAAGAGGCCUUUCACACUGCUUCCGGCAUUUUCCCCUUGGGUUGUAGGUUUUGGGAACAGAAAAAAUUUCACCACUACAAACUUUUAGGAUACUGGAUAUUGGAUCUACACAAUUCAUAUGCACAAUGCUUAGAUAUGUUUCUCUCGCUUGAAAGCUUGACAGACCUCCCUGCGCCUAGUUACGGUUGCUAAACCAUGAUUGGUCUGUGGCGGUUUUUGUGCAUGGCUUAAUGAAAGGUCAAUUGUGACCUGUUAGGAGGCAUGCAAAACAAAGCUUUAAUGCUCCCGGCCGGCGUAUGUUCUCAAUUGUUUCAAAUGUAAACACGUGUUUUUCAAAAAAGUUAGCAGCUAGCAGUUUUUUUCUGUGCUGAAAGCCGGCGGUUGGCUUUGGAGUUGAGAAAAAUUCAACUGUGGGUGAAAAGCUCAGCUCGUCAAUGUCAGUUCUCACACGGCCGUCCAAUCACAGUGGAGGAGGGAUGGGACAAAUAUCACAAAAACCAACCUGCGCAUUGUACACCAACUAAUAAACAAAGCAGAAGUAUCACAGCAAGCACCUAGCUAAAGAAAGUUGUCCGUUGGCUGAAAAAACCUUUCAGUCGGCGUCCGCCGGAAGUUUCAGCAGCCUAAAAAGCUUUGGUGUGUCCCGCCCCUAAAAAUACCAACAGUGAUAUAAAGUAGUUGACCAUUAGUCAGCUAAAUAGAGCAAAAUAUCACAACAUCUUGUGCUGUUACCUGCAAUUGAAUACCAGUUUUCCUGUUGUUGUAUGUUUCUUUUUUUAUUUAUUAAAAGUUGUCUGUCUAUUUAUGUAUUAUUGACCUUCUGCUAGUAAAAAACGUAUUUUGUGCA